GCUGUUGCCAUUGGCUUUGGCAGAGAUUUGGAUUUUCCCUUGUAUUCUCAAAUUAUAGACCUAUUCCUAAAUUAGCUGUUUUGGCAGUGGGUGCAUAUUGGUGUGAGACCCAAAUCCACAGAGAAUACCUUCAACUUAACAGAAGGGAAAAUAAGUUUGAGCCUUUCUGGUUCUUUUUUUUUUUCCUUAUGUGUAUAAGCUUAAAAUUGUUGUAGAAUCUUUACCUCUCUUCUCGUGUCCUUGGACCUUAGUUAUUGCUUUAUUCUUUUUAAAACACUUUUAGUAUAGAAAUAAUUUUUUUACCCAGAAUAUCUGGCUUUUCAAAUCUGAUUCCAGGCAUAACAGCUUCUCCUCUGAAGGAUUUCAGUGAGAAAAUCCACUGGAUCCAAACUCAUGAUAACUGCACUGCAGGUCCUUGUCAGACAAAUGGUCCCGUGUUGGAGGUCCCCAGGAUGAUGUUUCACUGUCUGAGGAGAAGUUAAUGUAUUCGUGUAGAAUCAGUAAAUAAGUGGUAAGGGAGACAAAGAAGAAGAAAUAAAGAGAAUAAUGGAGAUGUAGACUCUGUUAAUGGUGAUUGGACUUGAGGGAAUGGCAUGGAGCUGUGACAGCACAGAGUCAGGCUGGGUAAUUAGGAAAAGGUUCUUCACCAGAGGGUGGUGGGCAAAGGAACAGGCUCCCCAGGGCAGUUGGUGCAGGUCUCAACUGCUGGAGUUCAAGCAGUGUUUGGACAACACUCUCAGAGGAUUUGAAUUUUGGGUAGUGCUGUAUGGAGCCAGGAGUUGGAUUUGGUGAUUGGCCUGGUUUCCUUCUACUUUGGAAUAUUCUGUGCUGUUGUGAUUCUGUGAAGUGACAAUGAGGAGUUAUUCCAAGGGGGGCCGGGAGCAGGAGUAUGUUGCAGGCAAUGCCUGGCAAGCUGUGGUCACCUGCAAGAUUUUGUAGUGCAACCACAGCUAUGCCAUCUCUGGCUGCCCUCGCGUGGUCAGCUUUUGCAACCUUUCUAUCAGCACAGACUUUGCUGCUCGUGUCCCCGUACUGCCUGCAGCACCAGGUACCAACUCCAAUACCAAAGAAAAAAAGUAAAAACACCUGUCCUUUUGCAAAGUACUUCUCCAAAUAUUCCCCCUACAGGCACCCCUGGUUGUGCUUGUAAGCCUCAACCAUCCAGUGGCACUUACCUAAGGCUGCCUGGGAUGGGGUCUAUCAGCAACCCCAAAGGUCUUGCUUUCAUCAGUAUUUUGUUUCUUGCCUCAGCUGCUUACCUGUCUACCUGUGGGGUGUAGUGAGAAUACUUAAUUAUGAAGGAGAGCUGUUUGUGUUUGUUUUUUUCCACAGUCAAGCAAAGUAGCCCUUGUUGCCUGAUGAAAGAGCUGAAGGUGCUUUAAAAACAUUCUUGUCUGGCUAAAGAACAUGCCACUGAAAUGCUGUCUCCUAACACAAAAGAAACAGUAGAAGGUCUGAGGGUUUCUUUGAAUGCAAUGACUCAGCAGCUACAGGAUGAAUUUGACAGCAGCGUGGAGAAUGCAGAAGCUUGGAUGAAGGCCAUCCAAGAGAGACUGAGCAUCAAUGACAACACCAAGGGACCACGAUCUGCCCUAGAAGCCAGGCUGAGAGAGACAGAGAAAAUACGUGAUCUGGAACCAGAAGGCACCUUGAAAAUGGACUUGAUCCUCGCAAAGGCAGAUGCUGCUCUUCACUGUAUCAGUGAGGAUAAGAAACACGAAGUACUGUCUAAGCUGAGACACAUUAAAGCCUUGUGGGAAGAGACAGCCAUUUACAUUACUCACUGUCACAGCCGUAUUGAGUGGGUCUGGCUGCACUGGAGUGAGUACCUGAAAGCUCAAGAUGAGUUUUACAUAUGGAUUCACAACAUGAGGGUGACCUUGGAGCCUGACAUUGAGUUGCAGCUUGGCUUAAAGGAGAAGCAGUGGCAGCUGAGCCACGCUCAGGUUCUGUUGAAUGAUGUCUUAAAUCAGUCGGUCCUUCUGGAAACACUGCUAGAGGAGGCUUCUUCCUUGUUCAACAGGAUAGGUGACCCCAGCGUUGAUGAGGACGCUCAGAAGAAAAUGAAGGCAGAAUAUGAAAGCAUCAGGGAAGAAGCCCAGAGCAGAGUGAAAUUGCUUGAAAAGAUAACUGAAGAGCACAAGAAAUACAGCACUAACAUCAACCAGUUUCAAUCGUGGCUGAAUGGUGUGACGGAAAGAUUAAACUGCUGCAUUGGAGAAACAACCAAGUCUUCAGUGGAGGACAGACUAAUGGCACUGAAGGAAAUUGCCAAGAAUAUUAGGAGCGGUGCAAAGAAAUUGAAGCACCUUGAAAAUCAGUGUGCAGAUGUGAUUCAAAAUACCUGCCCACUGGGAGCUGAGAGAUUGAAGGAUGAACUCUAUGAGCUGAGAAAAGCCUUGGAGAAGUUGAAACUGCUGAGCAAUGAGGAGGAACAGAGAUUGCUCAAGAUUCAGCAGUCAGAAAGUGCCUACAAGUCCCAAGCCAGACAAUUAGAAGCAGAUAUCCAGGAAUUCAGAAAAGGUCUACAGAAACUAGAAAAUGAUUUGGACCCUGGAGAAAGGGAAAAGACUGAAGAUGAGUUUGUAGCUCAGUGGAGAAAAUGCAAUGCAACAAGAGCAGUUCUGGCUGCAGAAGAGUCAAAGGUUGAGAGGCUGAAGGCUCAGCUAAAGGAACUGCUGCGGUUUUCCCAGGAUGUGCAGCCACACGCUGACAGCGUCAUCUCUGCAAUACGGGAAUAUCAAAGUGUUAAAGGAAAGACAUCUAAAAUGAGCACUGAUACAGAAACUCAACUGAGCAGACUUUUCCAAAAUCCCCUGCAAAGUUUUGAACAAUGGAAGCUAACUGUCCAGAUGCUCCUGGAGACUCCAGAGCCAGCGUUGGAUCAGAUUGAGGCUGCUCUAGCUGAAAGUUCACAGUUCAAAGAGAAGCUGAUGACAUUACAGCUGAAGAAAGAUUUGCUGAACAAUAUCCUUGGAGAGGAAAAAGCAAAAUCCUUCCUGGAGGAAGUAGCUGAAGCUUCAAAGGAGAGAGAAAUUCUACACAAAAGUCUACUGCAAAGAAAAAGCAAACUCCAGAAUUUGAUACUGCAGCAUAAGGAUUUUGAUGCUGCUUUUGCACCUUUGCAGAAGAAAUUGUUUGCCAUCAAAUCCAAAUUAGACUUGGAGAAUGAACCACAGCCUAACCUUUUGGGUAAAAAGACACAACUCCAGAGAUUCCAGAUGAUCCAAGAUGACUUGGCAGAGCUUGCAAUUCAAAUGGAAGAGGUAGAGAAGCUUGUUCAGUCAAAUGCAACACAUAGACAUGAAAUGAACCAACUUCUGUCUGACAUUCAGGCCCUGAAGAGAUCACUGGAGAUUAUGAUACAGCAGUCUGAAGAGCAUGUUCAGAAGCACUGGGCAUUUAAUGACAAACUGUCUGACCUCCAGCAGUGGAUCACUGCAACCACUGAGAAGAUUGGCUCCUACCAGGGUGUUGAUGUGAAGCAGAGCAAUGAGAGCAGGGUGGCAGACCUUGAGAGAUGGCUAGCUGAGUUUCCAGAUAAGGAGAUCCAGCUGCACCUUGUGGAAGCUCAUGGCCAGCUGGUCAUGGAGAAUUCUUCCCCAGAGGAGACUGCCCAUGUUCAGGCAGAGCUGGAUCAGCUGAAGGAGUCUUGGAGAUCACUGAAAGAAAUGGCAACUGGUCUUCUCAAAAGGUGGCAGUUAAACAUACCAAUGGCUGAUAAGAAGAAAAUAGCAUUUGAAGAUAGCAGACACAUUUCUGGACCAGUCUUCCAUUGUUUAGAUCUCAACCAUAAGCAGGAGAAGACAGCAGAAGGGCAAAGGACAAGCAACCACAUUAAGCUCCUGCUUGACUUUGAAGAGUGGUUACAAGGAGAAAACACCAAACUCUCCAAAAUUCUUGCUGUGAAUUUGUCUUCCAUAGAGGAAAUCAAGACACGCCACAAAGAAUUGGAGGAGCUGCAGGCUCGUGUGCCUGAUGGUCAGCGUCGCUUUGAAGACCUUCUUCGUUUUCAUCCUGUCAUUGGAAAUUCUGAAGAUCUGGAAGACCUGCGUUACCGCUGGAUGCUUUACAAAUCUAAACUGAAAGAAUCCACGAUUUCACCGAUUACUGGAUCUUCAGAAAAACCAGACAGAUUUAGAAAGAGGCGCUCUGGAGGCAUGUGCUCCUUCUUGCAUCGAGUAUGCUGGGCAUCGCUACCGUUGCAACUGCUCCUCUUGUUCCUCCUGCUCCUGGCCUUCCUCCUGCCCCUGGCAGAGAAGACGCACAGCUGCACACUGGCCAACAACUUUGCCCGGUCCUUCAACCUGAUGCUGAGAUACGAGGGCCCACCUCCAACCUAACUGCUUGUCACGGCAAGAGGUGACUCACAAAAAUGACAGAAGACGGGCACUCUGACAAACUGACAUCUGACAUGGAAGCACGGAUGAAGCAAAAUCUUGUCAUUGAAUUCCUCCAUGUGGAAAAAAAUGGUACCCACUGACAUCCAUUGAUUCUUGGAGGAUGUCCUGGGAGACCAAGUGGUGAAUGUGUGCACAGUGAGGCAGUGGGUGGUGCAUUUCAGCAGUGGUGACAGCAACAGUGGGUCACCUCCACUGAUGUAGGUUUUUACCAGCGCAGCACGCAGGCUCUUAUUCAGUGCUGGCAAAAAUACAUAGCUAAUGGUGGUGACUAUGUUGAAAAAUAGCAUUUUGUAGCUGAAAAUUUGCUCCAUCAAAUACUGUUAUUGUGCCUUUUGCAUCUGUGAUUGUUUCCAUGGAAAGAAAUAGGAGGCAUUACUUUUGGAGCAACCUUCGUACAUGUAAUGGGGUGUGUAAUUAUUGUUCUACUUAAAGAAAGAGGACAUUCCACUUCAAUGUAACUUUCAAGUGCAGCUUUUAGAAGAAAUUAUGUCUUAAAAGGAAGCUGAGAAUGUUUAGAGGUAUGUGUUUAAUGAGCUUUAACUUUGAGUCAGGGCUUUGGCCUCUGAGGUUGAAAAGCAUCCAGGAUUAUUUCCCAUUACCUUCCUAGAUCAGAUCCUGUAAGAGUUUAACCUGGGAAGCACAGGCUGAGCACCAGCUAUUUCUGAAGGUAUUUGGGUGCUGCAUGUUUUCAGCAUGUGUCCAUUCUCAAACAGCAGUUUCUGCUCCGUACAUUUGGUUGACUGGAAGUCAGCAAUGCUUCUUUGAAACCCUCAUUGGUUUUGUCUCAGUGAAUGCAUUGCUUUUGAUCACUGUCAUUAUUUCCAUUUUUUCCUUCUAAUUUGUGUUAACCCAGUUUAUCACUGAUUCCAGGAGAGUGUCCUCCACCUUCUCAGCCUCCAGGCUGCCCUCUUACCUUUUUCUCAUCUCUUGCAGCAUGCUGGACCACUGUGAAACAUCUUUAUGAGAAAUACCACUGGUGUCGCAUUCUUCUGUCAUUGUCUGUUGUAAUACGUAACGCUGCACUGAUGUUAAAUGUAGCAGGAGACCCUGAAAUUGCAUUAUUGCUUGCUAGCAAUAUAACUGACUUGCAGUGCUUCUGCAGAGGACUUGUCCUCACUUCUCAAAACAGCUGGCUGUCUCGGGCCCAAGUUAAUGAACAAGGCUGGAUUAUAAACUGCCUUGGGUCCCCUCACCAGCACGCCAUCAAUCUUACUUCCACCUAUUUUUGUGCUUUUGUUUAGUUUUAAGCAAGAAGAAAAUGUAAAGAAAUGUGCUGAAACUCCCUUCUAGAAUGCAUAGAUAUCCCAUAUGGUUCACAAAAAGAAUAGAAGGAAUCUACUCCUGUUUUGAACAAAAUCAAUAAGAGCUUCUAAAUAAUGUAUUUAAAAGUUGUCAAGAACAAACCAAGGCAAAGUUUUCUAUAAUCAAUCCACUCUCUACUUUUAAUAUGAAAGUUAGCAAAUAUCAAGGUAUUCUUUUAUAAGUUGCAUUGAAUGAAAAUGAGAACUCUCCAGAAUUAGAAGUUUACUGAUAUGGAUCUCAGUUCCACCUGUGUGCCCCAUGUUAGAUCACCUGCUUCUGGGCACCAAGUAAACCUAGGUCUGUUCACAACAGGAGCACACAUUGUUAACAGUUUUAAUUCUUUAGAGCUCCUCUGAGGGGCCAGAGCUGGCAGUGGGGAGGAGCAGAACCCCAUACCCUCUGCAUGUUGAAAUCCUGCCUUGAGCUCAGCGCCCCCCCUCCAUCAGCCCAGCUUCUCCUGAGUGCUAAUACUUAAGUAGAGCAGAAAUGUUAGGAGCAAUUACAGUGUGAACAUCUCUUCUUGUUUGUGUAUAGUAGCUGAUAGGAGAGUCUGUAAUAAUAAUCAGUGUUUAUACAUGUGCUGUUCAAUGUGACCACUGGGUACAAAAUACUUUUCAAGUGUCACAAUAACUGGAUUGAUGUCACUUUUUGCUUGUAUGAAUAAUUAUUUGCAUUAUAGGGACCAGUGCCGCUUUUGUCGUGUUAUUUAUGAUUUUAAAAUACGUUUGUGAUAAAUUAGGCUCAUUCCUAAGGUAAACAAUACCAGAGCCAAGCAGCUGCCUCUGUACAUGUGCAUGUUAUCACAGCUGAUAUCAAGUCCAAGGCAGACUUCUUGUCUUGCCCAGACCUUUCCUUAACCUUUCUGGCUUAUUCAGGGAAAUGUGGACCAGUCUAUUUUCUUAUAAAAGUGGCUUUUUGAAAAGAUAAACUUAUUUUUUAAAACCUUUCUUUGUAUGACUAUUGAUUCAGAAGGACUGUAACACUCAUAUUUUUCUAAACUGCCUAUUGCCUGUUGGAAAAUAAUAUAUAAAUAUAUAUUUUAUUCUACAGAUUUCCAUGUAGUUUUGAAGAUCUUUGUUUUCGUAUAUGUCCUCCUGUUUGCUAGAAUUAUCUCCAGGAGCUGUAAGCUUCUGUACAAUGUCUCUAUGAAAUCAUGUAAAAAUAGAACUGCAUAGAAAGACUGACUUUAUUUUUCAUUUAAAUUGCCGAAGUUAAGUUGUCCUUAGUGUUAUUUUACACAAGAUGUGCGGAAAGAAAUCAGGUCAUUUUUUUGCAAGUCUGGGCUGUGUUAUGUAGCACUUACUAAAAAGUCUUGACUGAAAAUCAAGAGAGUUUAUGCUGGAAAUGGUGCCAGCUUGGGGCCUGAUUCUGGAAUUUAUUCACACUGUUUAGGAACUUAUUUCACACAGUCCCGUGAAAUUUCACAGGACAGAUUACAAAUAAGAGCCUCUGAUAGAUGAAUAGCAGUGCCAGACUCGGGCCCUUUUAUAAUAAAGAAUGAGACUUUUUAGCUGGGGAAGAAGUUAUAUUCUCAGUGCCUCAGGACAGCAUUUUCAUUCCCUUUUGCACUGCGAACCUGCUCCUUCUGCAGCUGAAAUAGUGGAUUAAGCACCCAAUGCAAUAGAUAUCUGCAGUGCAAUCUUGUGGAAAAUGGCCUGAUUUCGUUCUUCAGAGCAGCAGUGGGGGCACCUGUGUAGUGGAGACCCACAGUGUGUGCUGUGGUCAUGGUGGAGCAUGGCAGGAAUUCUACUGUCUGCCUGCAAAAUUACUGCUUGUUCAUCAGCAUUGCCAAAAGUGUAUUUUCUCAAGUAAAAAAAUCUGAUUCCGUAUGACUUUUCCAGGAGUAAAGGGCAGUGGGUUGUUCUGUGAUCAGGCCACAUUGUUCUGAAAGUUUAUCCUUUAAUGACAAAUGAAAUAUGAUGUGGCUUUGCUGUUGGCAAGCAGGAUAAAGAGACUGGAAGUUCCUAACCCUUAGCCCCAGCCUUGUGACUGUGCUGAUGCUUCACUCUUACCAAUGAACUGUGUUGCCUCAAGUUAUAAAGUCAGAGUAUUUCACUGCAUGUACCCUUUUCUGUAAUGAAAAAAAUAUGUAUUUGGUGUUGCAGUUAUAAUGCAGUAAAUAAACACAUAAGUAUUUCUUUUUAAA